AUGAAGCGACGAGUCUUCACUCGACGGCGGCGUGAAGUAAAGGGAGAAUAUUUCAAGCUCCUCCCAGGCUGCGAGAUCCUGGUGCGCAUCUUCGUGGAUCAGUCCCGAUCGGGCAGGUUCCGCGUUAUAUAUGUGCCGAACAGCGAGUCCUGGAGAGAGUGUUCCUUCACAAUGGCUGCACCUGCUUCUGCACCCCCAUCCAACAGCAAUGGCAGCAUCAGAGACGACCGGACAUGCGCCAUUUGUCGCAACCUUUAUCCUCAGCCCGUCACGGUGGCUUGCAUGCACCGCUUCUGCAAGGCGUGCAUCUCCACAUACUGGAGAAAAAAAAAACAUAGGAAACAGCCGAAAGAGACACAGAAGAGCUGUCGCCAUAGGAAAGAUGACUUCCCCAAUAGGAUUUCCAGAAACAAAGACAAGAUGGACACCAUAAAGCGAGUCGGAGCCGAUUUGCAGGCUUGUAUCAGUGGGGAAUUCUGAGCGCUCCAUCACAUCCUACGUGACGAGGAGGCCUUUCUGCCGGAGCACUUAAAGAGGAGGCAGGAGGACGAGAUGGAGAAAGUCCAGCGUCAUGUGGAGCACAUCGAAAAUGCAGUUAAAGAGCCGGAGGAAAACACGAGUGGCGCCGCCGGGGAGACUUCAGCCACGGCUGAGGUGGAUGACGCUGCGGAAUUUGACGUAGGUGCUUUCAGCUGCAAAUACGUGGCUCCCUUACAGUGUAUCACAUGGCGAAAGAUGUUCAAGUCUCUGAAAUCAGGUGAUUCGCCAUUAACGUUCGAAGUCACGACGGCGAACCGCAGCAUUUUUUUAAUCUCCAAAGACAAAACGGCGUCGUCUCUCACGCACUUCCUCCUGUGCGUUAACGUCCUCGCCGCUCAGGGCUUCCAAUCAGGCCAACACAACCGCGAGGUGCAAGUUGGCCCCAAGCCCAAGUGGGAUCUCGGCGUGGCCUCCGUCGACAGCCCCAAAAACGGCUACUUGUCACUGCGACUACGAGACAAAAGCGAGCGCUUGGUAGGCUCGCAGCCAUGAGCGACACUGCAGCCCAAUUCAACGCCUAAGAGGAUUGGAAAUUUCCUAGAUUAUGAGGAGAGAUGGGUGUCUUUCUUCAGUGCUGAUUAUAUGAGCCUGCUCUACUCUUUCACCCAUGGACCAUUGUUUAAACAAUAG